AUGGAGAGAUGUUGUACGGCCGCAAAGAUUGAAAUCAGUAACAAGGGAGGCUGUCCACGUCCUCAAUUAAAUCAACCAAUAGGAGACAUUCGUUUUGCCACGUCAUCAGUAUUUGUCCUGAAGCUCGAGAAAGUCGGCGAAGGCACUUACGGGAAGGUUUACAGAUCCAGAGAGAAAGCUACCGGAAAGACGCGUCUCCAUGAAGACGAAGAAGGCGUUCUUUCCACCACUCUCCGCAAUAUCUCCAUCUUACGCAUGCUCGCUUGCGAUCCUCACAUCGUCAGGUUGAUGGAUGUUAAGCAAGGACUGAGCAAAGAUGGCAAAACUGUGCUCUACCUGGUGUUCGAGUACAUGGACACUGAUGUCAAGAAGUACAUCAGAAGUUUCCGUCAAACCGGAGACAACAUUCCUCCCCAAAUCGUCAAGAGCUUGAUGUACCAACUCUGCAAAGGAAUCGCAUUCUGCCAUGGCCACGGUGUGCUGCACAGAGAUCUUAAGCCUCACAAUCUCUUGAUGGAUCCCAAGACGAUGAGGCUCAAGAUUGCAGAUCUUGGUUUAGCCAGAGCCUUCACUCUCCCUAUGAAGAAGUAUACCCAUGAGUUAAUAAUCUCUGUUGAUCUGUUUGAGCUCAAUGUCAUUGUAUCUGGUUAUAAACUGGUUACCUCCAAGGCGAUUUUGAUCUGUUUUUUUUUUUCAAAUCUGUAGGUGGGUAUUGAAGGCUAGAAGCUCUAUAUUCACACGAGAAAGGAUAAAAGAAGGUUAAGUGGCAGAAAUUCUCAGGAAAAGCACCAGGACUUACCUGGUAUCAGGCAUACUUUGAUGCGCCGGGGUUUAGUAAUUUAAGUUUUCUUUUUCCAUCUGAAGAAGAUUCUUUAACGAAACAAGGAAAAUAAAUUAGUACGUAUUCCUCUUAGUAUCACUAGACAUGAAAAUAAAAGUUUUGUGCUCACUUCACCACCACAGGUUAGUUUAUAUCUAACUUAGCACCAACAUCUUAUGCUCAUUUGGUAUUCCUCUUACUAUCACUAGACAUUAUAGACUGCAUACUGGGAAAGUUAACACUGAAACAUCACAUGAGUGGUGCUAUAUCUCAUGUUCCAAGAGCUCCUGGAAACUGCAGCGUGGGCUUUCAUCUUUCGUGUGUGGAUCUUAUCAUGAUGAAAAAGCUGUUGGCAUUGUAAGUACCGGGUGGAGAUGGCAGUAUCAGAUGCAUCCGACUCUGCUCUGUUUGUGGCUUUCGAUGCUGAGAUGAACAAGCUGAUCAAUGUUCCUGCUGCAUGAGUGUCUCAAGACAUGCAUGGAGGAUGCACAUAACAUUGCCUUCCCACAGUGCCUCAGAGACAUACUGGGGAGGGCCUUAACAUUCCAGCAGAAACUUUCAAGGUUUAAUUUCUCAUCAAAGCAUCAGUCAUUCACCUUAACCAGAGCUUCCCCUUCCAGAUUUUGCAGAGCAGGGAGGUGAUGAAAACACCGGCAAUGAUGUUCCAGGAGCUAUAUAUAGAGAUACUUCUGAAGCUCUUUAAAGAGGUGCUCCAGUCAACAACGGCGGACCCAUUACUCAUGUCAUGGUGGAAGGCAAGAAACAGCCUCUAAACCUACCAAAAACCAUGUUCGCAAUGGUUAAGCUUCAGAUUACUGGAGCCUAAUGGAAUGUUGCAGACUUCCAAAGCUGCUUUUUGUCGUUUUCUUAGAAAAAAUCCUUAAUAAAUGUGUACUUGAGCUAUUUGGCUAUGUAUUUCAGAUGACUUAGAAAAGAGCCUCCUUCAAUUAUUUAUGUGUACUUGAGCUAUUUGGCUAUGUAUUUCAAAUGACUUAUAAAAUAGACUCCUUCAACUAA